AUGCGCGCCUGCUUGCGUGCACACGGCAGUGAGCGCGAUGCGGUGGCAGCGCUGCAGGGCAGCGAGUGGGAGGUGGCGCCAGCACUGGCGCGCUACCAGGCGGGGGGGGCGCCCAUGGCCGCGCGGGGCGGAGGGGGCUUCCUGGCAGCCUUCACGGGGCGCUCGCACUUCCACCACCAGCAGCAAGGGGGGCAUGCCAUGCCGCCCCAGCAGCCACCAGUGGAUCCCAUACAAGAGCUCUUCCUGCGCUACAAAGAUCCGGAUUCAGAUAUGAUUCUCGUGGACGGCAUCUCGCGCAUGUGUGAAGACCUCGAGCUGGUGCUGUCAUGGCAUCUGGGUGCGGCCACCAUGUGCGAGUACUCGCGCCAAGAGUUCACCUCCGGCCUGCGCUCCCUGCGGGUGACGUCACUGGAGGCGCUGAAGGCGCUGCUGCCAUCAUUCCGGCGCGAGCUGCAAGACGAGAGUGAGCAGCCAUGGGAGGGAGGGGAGAUGGGAAGGAGGGGGGAGAUGAGUGGCCAGAAGUGGCUGGCGCUGGACACGGCCAUCGGCAUGUGGCAGCUGCUGCUGGGCUACCGCAGCUGGCCGCACGUCGACCACUGGUGUGACUUCGUCAGGGUGCAGCACAACAAGGCCAUAUCCAAGGACACCUGGUCGCAGCUCUUUGACUUCUCCCGGUUGACGCAGGGGCAGUUGGAGCAGUACGACGAGGGCGGCGCCUGGCCGUACCUCAUAGACGAGUUCGUGGACCACCUCCGUGCUGCUGGCUCCCUGCCGCCCAACUGA